AUUAAUGGUUAUGAACCCUCAAGCAAAGAAAAAAACGGCACCAGUCUUCGAUCUUAAAGAUGUGGAUCAAGAAAAUAAGAUGGCUAUGUUAAAUCUGAUGGAUGGAAUCUGUGGAUUUUCGGAGGAAACAUUCCAGAAUGGUUAUCAAGGUUCUCUGUUUUGGUUUCCACUGCGUUCUGAAACGUCAGAGUUGUCCAGUGAAACUUAUGAUGAAAGAAAAGUCAAAGAUAUCUUUAAUGGGUUCAAAUUGCUAGCUCCAUCUAUUCUUCUAUUUCUAAAACAAAUUGACUUUAUCGAACUUUUUGAAAAGAAAAACCGGUUAAAGAAAUUGUUGGAAGUCAGCUUGGUAGGUGAUAAAGAUGAUAUGAUCAACAUUGGUACAAAAAAGAGGGAUUUUAGAAGAAAAAUUAAGAAUUUGAAUGGAAAACUGGCUCCUUCGGCAGUGCCCUUGAGUUUGAAAUUUCGAGUCCAUUGUAAAGGAUUUGAAUGGAUGAAACUUGCAGCUACAGAAGAAGAUUGGGCUGUUGUGGAUUAUUAUCAUGGUGGUGGUGGUGGCACAUCAGAAUUAAAAAAUUUCUUUCAAAGUAAUCCCAAUUGGUCAAAUAGCCCUUACGUUAGUGUUGGUGUACGAUUGUCUAAACCAGUAAUUUCAGGAAACAUUUUUUGUUUCCUUCCUCUACCCUUUACAAAAGGAAACAAAACAGGCCUGCCAUUUCAUGUUAAUGGAUUUUUUUCAUUAAGUCAGGAUAGGCAUCAUCUGAAAUGGACAUCUGAAUCAGAUGAUGAUAGAAGCCAUACAGAAAAGGCAGUACAAUGGAAUCAGCUCAUGCUAAAAGAAAUUUUUCCACGUGCCUUUGCAGAGGUAAUAAGACAUCUUACUGAGGAAAGACGCCAUGAUAUCGAUAAAGAUCAGUUGUAUGCAUUGCUGCCAAAUCACUUAAAAGUUAGCGAGGAUUGGAAGUCUAUAAUUUAUCCUGUAUAUCAUCAUCUCUAUUCCUUAAAUUGUAUUUACACAAAGAAUAGACAGGGAAGAUGGAUCUGUCCAACAGAGGCAGUGUUUGCAGAUUGCGGUUUGUCACCAACAGUUGAAGAUAUAUAUAUAUUGCAUGAUAUGAAUAUUGCUAAAGUUGACGAAUACAUAAUGGAAAGUCUUAAAGAACAUGGAGAUUUGAAGCAUGCAUCUUUAGCAGAACUAAAACUAGAAUUACUUAAUCAAGGAAAAUACCAAAACAUGAACACUGACCAAAAACAAAAACUACUUCUACAUUUCCUGGACCAAAAGUCAACGUUAUUAGAUGAUUUAGAACUUCUACCACUAGCAGACGGAACGUUUACAACUUUCACUCAAGAUUCUAAUGCUCAGUGUAUUUAUAUAUUUGGAGAUGAUGCAGAACAGAAAAUGUUCCCAAACAUGAAAGCUCACUUUGUAGAAUUGGAGUUACAACAAGGCCUAAAGAAAAAGUUACUAAAAUUAUCCGACGAAGGAAAAUUCCAACUGAAGGUUUUUCAACCAGAAGACUUGUGUAAGCUGCUAGAAAUCUGUUCGAUACAAAAUGGUUGGGAAAAUGACAAGACAUUAACACAAGAAGUUAGUAAUUGGUUGUUGUGUGUUUGGAAUUACAUAAGUAAACUCGGUGAAGAGAAGGAACAGAUUAUAAAGAAUGUCAGUCAUUUACAUUUAUUGCCAGGGAAUGGGGAAAUUAAGAAAUUAAAUGUCGUCUCCAUUUUAAAAUCCCAAUCGGGAGUUGGAUCUUUAAAUACAAAGGUUUCAAAGGCAUUAGAGAAUUUGGGAAUUGUAGUAUUUAAGACAUUACCCAAAAAAAUUACUGAAUGUGUUGAAGGUCGGUUUGUACAAUAUCCAACUGAUUCUGGCUUAAUGGACUGUCUACAGAAGAUUUCCCAAAAAGAAUAUUUGCAAGAGAUAAUCGAAAACUUUAAUUUUUCAAGCACAGAUGAGGAGAAGCACAGUUUAGUUAUUAGACUAAGUUCCGUCCAAGAUAUUGCUAAAGUCAAAGAAUUGGUAAGAAAAUUAGAAUUAUUUGCAACUAUUUCUAACAAACAGACAUGUUUAGAGAAAGUUGAUGUUAUGUAUGUUGAGGAAGAUACCCAUCCAAAAAUUCCUAUUAACCCAGUAGAUGAGGUCAUAUACUGCUCGGAUAAUUACACCAAGAUUGUGGCUGAAAAGUGUGGUGUGAAAUUGUUAUCUUUUUAUAGUAUGGUGGAAAAAAUUUUGAUACGGUUAAACUCUUCUUAUACAUUAAGUGAAAUAAAGCAAUUCAUGGCGUAUUUUAUGGAAAACUUCCAUCUAUUUGAGACACAAAAAGGAUAA